AUGUGGUCAAAGUCGCUUUUUCAGUUGCUUUUGUUGGUUCAAAUAGUUCCAUAUGUUGCAGCUUAUGGGACCCCUUUUGCAUUCAAAUUGUCAAAAAGAUAUUAUUCUGGCUGUUCAUUGCAAAUAAAAAAUGAAGUGACAAUUUGUCUGCCUCGUAACAGUACAUGCACAUGCACAAACCCCAACUAUUUGGCAACGUUGGCUUCCUGCUUGGAAUUCGCUGGAGGUGCAAGUAAAGAAAACAUUAAGCCGUUCAUAGAUAGUUGUAAAGAAAAUAAUAUUACGCUUCCAAGUGAUUGGUUUGCAAAUGCUAUCCUUUAUUAUAAUGAGAAUGCCAGGUCAGCAUCUACUAUACCUAAUUUCAACCAAUCCAAAAAGAUUGAUUACCCCUUUGUUUUGAACAAAAGCAUGACCCCACUUUACCAGGAAUCAUAUAGAAGGUUUUUUGGUAACUACGAUCAUUCUUUAUACUAUGGAGCAGGUUUGCUAGGAUUUUGGUUAGCUGUUAUGGUUUUAGGGGGUAUUGCUAACUGGAGUAAGAUACUUUUCCCAAGCUUCACUAAAAAAUUGACCAGUCCGGUAGUCAAUUGUUGGAGAAAACAUGUUACAAUGCCUGCCACAUUUGGUAAGAAGAAAAUGCAAGACCAGACGUUCUUGAGAUAUUUUGGGUUCUUGAUACCUUCGAGAUUCGAAUCUUUAGUGAUUGCCUUGUUCUAUGGAGCUACCAUACUAUGCAAUGCACACAACAUGGAAGCAAUUGAAGGUGACCCAGUUUUCUAUUUCAGCAAAUAUAAAGCAGAACUAAGAUAUGUGGCAGAUAGAACUGGAAUAACUGCAACCAUGUUUAUGCCAUUGAUAUUUUUAUUUGCCGGAAGAAACAACUUCUUGCAAUGGUUGACUCGCUGGAAUUACAGCACGUUUCUCGCAUACCAUAGACAUACUUCUAGGGUCAUGUUCAUUUUAAUAGUCAUCCAUGCGGCUUUGUUCUCCUAUUUGGCGGGAGAGUAUUAUAGUUCAUCAGUCAUGAAACCAUAUUUUUACUGGGGAAUCAUUGCAACUAUUGCUGGGGGUCUCAUCAUGAUUCAAGCAAUGUUGUUUCUCAGAAGAAGAUGGUACGAGAUCUUUUUACUCUUGCACAUCGCAUUGGCUGUGCUCUGGGUAGUCGGUGCUUGGUACCAUCUUGUUGAAAUGGGAUAUAUACAAAUGGUAUACCCGGCAGUUGCAGUUUGGGCAAUAGAUAGAGUUGUUCGGGUUGCACGUUUGGUCAGCUUUGGGUUUCCCAAUGCUGAUGUGACAUUGUUGUCGGACGAGACAUUGAAGGUUGUUAUUCCAAAACCAAGCUACUGGCGCUCGAUACCAGGAGGUCAUGCAUUCAUACAUUUCUUGAAACCAACAUACUUCUGGCAGUCUCACCCAUUUACAUUUACUGACGCUGUUGAUAAGAAGGAUUGCAUUGUAUUAUUCUGCAAAGUCAAGGGAGGUAUCACUCACAGUUUAUACCAGUUGUUGGUGACUGCACCUGGAAGAACAUGCAAGAUCAGGGUUGGUGUCGAGGGACCAUAUGGUGAAGCGACUCCUGCCAGAUACGCAGACACCGCUGUGUUUAUUGCAGGUGGAAAUGGUAUUCCUGGUAUCUACUCUGAGAUAAUGGACAUUGACAAAAGAAGCACACAAAAAGAAAGGAGAUCAUUGAAGUUGAUCUGGGUUGUCAGAGAAUGGAGGUCGUUGUACUGGUUUUAUGAGGAGUUAAUGAGCCUAAAAAACACCAGUAUCGAAACAACAAUAUACGUAACUCAACCAUCGUGCCAUGACUAUGUUGAAAACUUUGCAUACAAGCUUACCGCAAUGGACGAGAUAUCAGAAAAAAGUGCCGACUGUUGUGAGAAACAAAGCUCGAUAAAGGAAGUGACAAAACUUGAAGAAAGCUCAUGCGAAGAGAAAUCUAAUAAACAUUCAAUUAUUGAAUCUACCAAAAGAGAACUAUCACAUAUUAGUUUCAAAGAAGGAAGACCUGACAUUGCUGAAAUUGUUCCACAAGAGAUUUGUGAAUCCAAUGGUUCUGUUGCAUUCGUAACCUGUGGUCACUCUGUCAUGGUUGAUCAAAUACGUUACUAUUGUUCUGAAAAUGUAGACAACAAAGAAAGAAAAAGAGUUGAUUUUUACGAACAAGUUCAAGUGUGGGCUUGA